GAGGAGUGAGCGCCGCAUGGAUCUCUCCUCAGAAGUUUAGCGUCCAAGAGUGUGAGUGUUUGUGUGGGAGUCUCUGUGAAUCAGAUUCAGCGGAAUACAAAACUUCCUAGAAUUCAAUAAGGAAAAAGCCUGAAGAGAAAAGAAAGAACAAUGUCAAGUGCAAUCAUGAGACGAAGCUCCAGCAAACAGGGUUUGCAGAAUCUUCUGAGAGUGACGGCCCAGCGGAGUAUCGAAGAUGCAGAGGAGAUCGAGAGAGAGAGACGGCGUAGGGCCCGGGAGGCCUUCCGCAAUCAACACAGCCCGUCUGGAUCUGCAGGGUUUCCUCAGGACAGUACAAGCCCAACUGAGGCUAGCCUCUAUGAAGGUGAGCUCAGCACCUUUAAACCCAGCAGCCCUGUGACUCUGGAUGAGGAUGAAGGCUUUAGCGACUGGACUCAGAGGCUGGAAAGAGGAACACGUCCUAGACCAGAAGAGAAUGGUCAUGGGAAAGAGCUGCAAGAGGAAGAAAGAAGAGUGAAUGCAAGAUCUAGACAAAAGGAGAAGACCAGUUUCACCACCUCAAUACAACCUCAACAAACUCAAAACACAAACCAAGAGGAUGAGGUAGAGGGACAAAGACCAACGAGGAAGAGCAAUGAGAGGGCGAACAGUCAGAAUCCAGAGGAAUGGCAUGAAGACAUCAGAGACAUCAAAAGAACACAAGAAGAAACAAAACCACCAAUGGAGAACAAGAUGAAAGAGGAAAGAAUGGAGGUGAAGGUGUCAUACACUUCUAAAGUGUUCCUACAGCAGGACAGACUGCCUAAUGGCAAUGAAGUAGCAGCUGUUGAGGAAGUGACAUCACAUUUGGUCAAAACCAAAAGAUCUCCUAGGACUGUAGGUAUAGAUCAAGCCCUUGAGACAAAGAAAGAGAUGGACACUGGUCUAGAGACAGAACUGAAGCUCGAGAAGAUUCGUCGUUGCCACCAGGAGAAAGAAAGCCAGGAGCUGGAACAUCUUCGGCAACGUCAGGCCGAGGCUGAACUGGAGCUGGAGGAACUGAAGAAGAAGAGAGAGGAACGCCGUAAAGCCCGUGAAGAGGAGGAGCGGAGGAAAGAGGAAGAGGAACAGCAGAAAGAGGCCAAAAAAGAGGAUGAGAAGAGACAGAUGAAGGAGGAGAUCGAGAGGAGGAGGAUGGAGGCAGCAGAGAAGAGAAUGAAGAAUCUCAACACUUCUUCCACAGAUGGCGAUGAGUUAUUUAACACUCUUAACCCCAUUAGUCCAACUUUCAAGAUCACAGAGAGGACAGAGUCUUUGAAUCGAUCUCUAAAGAAAAGUAACAGCUUUAAGAAGACCCAGAGACCUGUACUGCUGCCCAAGAUUGAUGACAAACUGGAGCAAUACACACAUGCAAUUGAGAGUUCCUCUAAAGAACCAAAAAUGACCAAGUCAGUGGUGGUGGAACUGCCCUGCGUCUCUGCACCGGUGGCCUCUAAAAAAAACUUGUUUGAAGCUGGAGAGGCCUGGAAUCCAACCACCCCAAAAGGCACGCCUUCAAAGGAUACAGACUGUGUGAAAGUGGGAGUGGCAAACCUGAUCAAUCAUUGGGUGAAAGGAAGUCCAGAAGGUGGUAACAAACACUGCCCCUCCACACCAUCUGAUGUUAAACCUGGGGAUGUUCUGCAGAAGAAGAACAUGUGGGAAAUUAUUGGAGAAGGUUCUGCAGCCGAGAGGUCAGGAGGAAAGGGCUCCUCUUCGGGUACACGGUACAAGUUUGUUGUGACAGGCCAUGGCAAAUACGAGAAGAUUUAAACUGAUGACGACCAUUACAGUGUCUACCCAAAUGGGAAAUCAAGUGAAGUUUCCAAUGAUGACUUGUGAGGAAUUUAAUUCAGCAGCAAAAUAUUUCCUUGUCUGGGUGAUUCACCAAGAUUAUUUUCACUGUUUAUUUUAGCCUUAAAAUGUCCUUCAGUAUAUAUACCACAGUACAUCAAACAACUUUAACAUAAAUAACAAAUUACAUUACAUUUUACAUACUUUUCUCUCUUAAAUGUUUAAUCAUUGUUCUGUUUUUGACUGUUCUAAUGUUUUCUUCUGAAUAGAAAACUCAGUUUGCCACAUAUAUAAAUUAAGAGCUAACUAAUUCUCAGAAAUGUGACCAAUUAAUUGCCAUAGACUAUAAAGUUGUUAUUUCUUUUACAUUUGCCAAGUAUAUUCCCUCAGUAUUAAUGUUGAUAUUAUGCCCUUUAUAAAAGUAUGAGUAUAAACUUAAUGUGAAUGUCACAUGUCAAAUAGUUAAGAUAGUCCAAGAUGUUUGCCACCUUCAUUUUUAUAUUGAUGGUCUAUGCUGGCCUUUUUAUAUUCUGGAACACUGUUAUUUAAAAAAACAAAAAAACAUUCUUACCAUGUUAAAGAUUAAAUUGAAAUACAUUUAAGGGUAAGGUAUACUUUAAUUUUCAAAACUACUUCUAAUGAAGAGGAAAUUUAUUAAGCUGAUUUUGAUGUCUUCUGAGUAAUUACCAAUCUUUGCCUUCUCAAUCUGCCCUGGUCUAUGUUAUAUUUGAUUAUAUUUCAUUUAGUUACCUCUCUGCUCAUGCUUUUUGUAGUUCUGCAUAAUGACUACACUCUCCUUGGUUUUCAAGAAAACACUGGAAUUAUUCCAUAUAUCAUAUUUAUAAUAUUAAUAUAAACAUGUUUGUUUAGUUAUUAUGUUUUAUUAUUUUGCGACCCAGUUGUAUACUGUAUUGGGUGGUUAAAAUGGGAAUGUGACUUGUAAUCCUUAACUGCUUGUUUUACUUUCAAUAAAAGUGAUAUUUUGUAUGAUU